UCCAUUCCGAACGAAAUUUCAAAUUAAAUCAAACAAACCCACCAACAUACUCGGCACGGCACUCAUCUCUCUCUUUCAAGAAAUCGACCUGAAAUUGUAAAGUUCUUUGUGUGUCUACAGUAUGGAGAGAAAACUUUAUUGUGAGGGAAAUAAUGGCAUUGAACUGUAAUAAUUCCUAAACGUUGUUUAUUCAGUGUAUCUUGCCGGCUGAUUAUUAGAUAACCAAAAUUAGAAAAUGAUACUAUUAUUAGUUUUCACGGCAUUAUUUUUUUCUACGUGUAAUGGAGAUAGUAACGUGCAAUAUGCCGCUGUUAUUUAUCGACACGGAGACCGGACCCCGGUGUCUUUUUAUCCUACAGAUCCCUAUCAAAACGAGUCUUUGUGGCCCGUAAAACUCGGCGAACUGACGAAUAUUGGCAAAAGACAACACUUUGCUUUGGGUCAAUGGCUUCGCAAACGUUAUUCGCAUUUGUUGUCAAGUGAAUUUGAACCUUCAGAAAUAUAUGUCAGAUCCACUGAUGUUGACCGAACCCUCAUGUCAGCACAAUCCAAUUUGGCAGGUAUGUACCCACCAUCAGGGAAUUCUGUAUGGAACCAGAAUUUAAUGUGGCAACCAUUGCCUGUGCACACAGAGCCAGAGAAGGAGGACAAACUAUUGGCAAUGAAGAAGCAUUGUCCCAAGUACAACAUAGCUCUGGACCAGUAUGUGCAUUCCAGAGAAUAUAAAACUAGGCUCAACAAAUAUCAAAACCUUAUGAAUUAUUUAACUGCUUACACUGGAUCGAAAGUGACUGAUUAUAAUGACAUAAAUAAUAUUUACGACCUACUGUAUAUUGAGAGUUUGUACAAUUUCACAUUGCCGAACUGGACGCGAGAGGUAUAUCCUGAUAAGCUAGUGGAACCAUCUGGUUACAGCUUCACCACUGACACCGGUACUCCGACCCUCGCCCGUCUGAAGGUUGGCCCUCUCCUCCAGCACAUUACCACACAAAUGGCCAAUAAGGUGGCUUUCGGCAAGGGCAAGAGAAACAAGACAGAUAUCAAUGUGGCUAUAUUCAGUGGCCACGACAUCACUGUGGCCAAUGUACUGCAUUCCUUGGGUCUCUACAAUGGAAUCUCACCGGUUUAUACAUCCACAGUCUUUUUAGAGCUAUUGUAUGCCAAUGAUACAGCUGCUACACCCCUAAUAAGGAUCUCAUACAGGAAUUCUACAGAUAUUGUGGAGCCCAACAUAUUGACCAUACCAAAGUGUGGUCAGUUAUGCCCUCUGGAACGCUUCAUAGCGUUGUAUGAGAACCUCAUCACAGUUGACUGGAACUAUGAAUGCCAAAAACAGUACCCCGCUCUGCUUACAACGUCCGUGUUCUUCUGUUUCGGAGUGUUUGUCAUGAUCUACGUCGUGUACCAGCUGCAUUUCUACAGGUUUUACCGCCAAUACAGGCCAGAUGUAGAUAUACGAUACACAAGUGUGGACACAGCGACCACAUCAAAAUUAUCGCCUUCAUAAUUAUAUAAAUACCGGAGACUUCGUGUUCUUACUUCAACGAAAAUAGAAUUACUCUUAUUAUCAUUUGUAGUAAUUAAUAUCUACCGUCACUCUUGGCUGCGUUGUAUAUUGUAGUUAAACAACGUAAAAUACGUAAAAGCACAAGUAUUAAUACUUUAAAAAUAAACAUUUAUAAAAAUGUAUUGUGCAUUUUGGAGGUACAUUUAGUGUAAUGAAUAGGUCUGUUUAUCUAGUUCAUAGCUUUAUCUACUACUCGCGUAAUAUUGAUGAGUAGGCACUUGAACUUGAUCUAUUGAUAGGUGUUCAAUUGUUAUGGAUAUUUUAUUUGUAUAUUAUUAAAUGAAUAACCAACGAGGUUGACCUCGUUGCAGCAUUUUUCUGAAUGUUUAUAAAAAAUACAUUUAAGAUUUUCAAUAACUUUUAAGAUAAGGUAAUUACAGGAAAUAUUUAGAUCGAUUAAAUUGGGACCAACAUGGUGGCAUCCGCUAUCAAAGAAAUUAAAUCGUCCAAAUCGGUCCCAAGGAGGUACGUGUCACGUAUUUUAUAUAUUAUGUGAUGUAUAUACGAAUAAAGUCGAAUUUAUCCAUUCAUACCUCAUCUUUUUAGUCCCUUGUAUGUGUACUGAUUUUAAUAACGUUUUUCUCAACUUAGUCUACACUAUUCUAUGAAAAUAGGAAUUAAAAUAAUUGUUGUAUUUAGAUCACUUUGAGACUUUCGAGGCUAGAAAUGUUUAUAGGUACAUUUUUAAAUAAUUAUCUCCAUUUUUUGGUAAAUUGAUUUACACAAAUAAAUGACUACUUUAACAUUGUUUAA